AUAAAACGGCAAAUCUCAUCAAAACAUUCGAGUUGCAUAACAGCAUUUUUGCAAGUCCCUCAUGCUGAAAACUGGGAUGCUGAAAACUGCUCCAAUCAGAAACCAGCAAUCCUGGAAGUCCCUCCCAUUAAGACAUCACUAGAAAGAACUGCCCAAUUACAGCAGGGAUGCUGGAAAAUGCUCCAACACAUCGCUAUUACUUUCAGGGACGUGGCCACUCUUGAUUGGCCACCUCAAACUGUGGGUAAGGAAUAAAUACCAUUGCCGCUGUCUACUUCCCAGCAGUUUCAAUCAGAAAUCCAAGGCACAUCAAACCAACACGUAUGUGACACAGCGAUACUUUACCACUAUAAGAGCCCCUAAAAAGACUACCUUCUCAUCUGUUUUGGACGUGUUGCUUGUUCCUGGAGAGAAAGCCCUGAACAGACAACUUGUUGCUCACUCCUGGAGAGAAAGAACGUGAGUUAUAUCCUGGGAAAGUCUCCAGAGUCAAACCAGCAGUCGUAACAACCUUACUAAAGCUACAUAGCAAGCAGGAUGGACGAGCAGAUUAAGAACCAUGAAGGGGACAUUACGGUCUUUAUUGAUUCAUGCCCUUUGGGCUGUACUUGGCCAAGUGAAGUUAUUUUGCUAGGCAGGGAUCACAUUUAUCGCAAUAAGCCUCAGGAGGUACAUGCUGAGAAAAAGUUUUUGGAUGCGCUUGAACAAGACGUAAACGAUGAGGAGGAGCAGGAAUUCAUCAUAUUCCUGAAUUUUUCUCCAUGCAAUGAAUGUGCCACAAAAAUAUGCAGAUUUUUGACUGAUCACAGUGAAGUGACAUUUGAGAUUGCAUUUGCCCACGUUUAUACGGGCUAUAGACAUGCAAACAGGGAGGGGCUGAAAAAGUUACAUGACCAUAAGCGCAUUACACUGAGAGCACUGAGGGGUGAAGACUGGAAGAAAAUAAUAAGACUUAUCCUAGAGGCACACGGAUGGGACGGAUGGGAUGAUGCAUGGCAACAGAUUCAGCCAAAUCUAGAAGACUGGGAGAAGAUAAAGAGAGAGAUAGAGGAAAGCAUUGGGGGACAGCAGGGUGAUGACUGGAAGGAAGAAUUUCGCAAAAAAAUCCAACACAAGCCUUGGCCAAGUCAUUGGUUACAGGACCUAGAGGAGAUAAUAACAAGAUAUGACCACAAUGAGUGGGCUUAUGAAGUUGGGGAGUUGGUAUCGGGAAGUGAGGACGUGUGGUACCAGGCAAAGCAGAAUGAAGUAAUGCAGUAUGUGUAUAAUUAUGGUCGAGACAGUGUUUCAACCAUACUGAAUCAUUUAGAAGGCCCAGAUAAUGAAGAAAAUAGAACGGGUUAUGCUUUUCUGCUACAUGUGCUUGAAAUCUUGGGGAAAAAUCGGCCGAUUAACAAACUGCGGAAGCGCAUUGUUGCAGACUAUGUGGCACGAAAGGAACUUGAAUACAUACUGCAAAAACAAGCACAAGCACAGGCUGGAGCUGCAGCCCAAGCCCUCUAAUCACACACUGUAUGAGCCCCAGCCACAGCCAACCAAUCAAACACUGAAUGAGCCACAGCCAACUAAUCAUACACCUGAAUGAAGAUGUCUCUUACUGGGAACAUUGCUACACAGCAUGCAAAGUUUCACUUUAAUAGAACAAGCAACAGAUAGGAGCCUCAGAGAAUUUGUGGCCGGGCGGAUAAUUACUUUCUUCACACUUUUCUGCAAUCACACCCAUCUCAAGGCCAAUAUACGAUAAUCUUGUCCAAUUUCAAAGAAAAAGUAAGAUGUACAUACAGCUCAAUUUAAAGAAAAGGGAAGUUUGCACACAAUUGUCAUCCACUUACAAAUGCAGCAAUAAGUGUAGUAAACACAGCAUCUUUAAUAACAAUCUGGAAA